AUGUCACUGACUGGUCUGUCCUGAUAAGGCACAGCCACAGCCUUCUCACACGCUCAAAUUUCCACAUCAAGCUCCGCCCGUCCGGUUCUCUGUAGGGAUAAAAUCGACAAACCAGCAGGCGUAACGGGAACUUUUCUCGCAGUGUUUACAGGACAGGCUCUUCCACGUUUCACCCUGUUGUGUCUGCACCAGGUCUGCACAUCUAACAACGACCUGCAGUAACAGCGUCCCACAGAGUUAGAGGUAAAAUGGAAUGCUGUGGACUACUUACUGCCCAGAAGGAACCAGUUCCCCUGAAGAGCAUUGAGGUGGAGCUGGAGGUGAAGGACCAUGUGGCGACAGUGGUCUCCACUCUGAACUACGAGAACAAGGAGGACAAACCUCUGGAGGCUGUUUUCGUCUUCCCUCUGCCUGGAGACGCUGCUGUCUGUCACUUCAGUGCUCAGAUUGGACAGACAAAGAUUGUAGCUGAGGUGAAGGAGAAACAGAAGGCUCAUGAGGAGUUUGAUGAUGCGCUGAGCUCCGGUCAGCAUGCCUUCCUGUUUGAGGAGAGCGAGCAGAGUCCAGAUAUAUUCACUCUGAGUGUGGGCAGUCUGCCUCCAGGAGAGAGCGCCUCCGUCAGGCUGGAGUACGUCACUGAGCUGGCUGUGCAGGCGGAUGACGGGCUGAGGUUUUGUCUGCCUGCUGUGCUCAACCCUCGCUAUGAACCUCAGGGUUCUGAAUGUGCUGGUGUGCAGGUGACCUCUGUUCUAGCCUCUCUGGUUCCCUACAGUCUGUCGAUUUCUGUCCGAGUGUCGUCUCCUCGUCCAAUCUCCAAAGUCGAGUCCAGCUGCUCUCUGGAGCCUCUCCAGUACGUCAACACAGAGCAGACCCAGGCCGCGGUUAAGUUGGCUGCAGGACACAAGUUUGACAGAGAUGUUGAGCUGCUCGUUUAUUAUAGAGAUGCUCACAAGCCCACUGCUGUGGUGGAGGCAGGACAGCCGUCUGCCAAACCAGGGAGUCUGAUGGGCGAUCCAGUCCUGAUGCUGAGCCUGUACCCUGAGUUCCCCCAGUCUGUGAUGUCUUCACUCACCUCACGUGGAGAGUUUAUCCUCUUACUGGAUCGAUCUGGGAGUAUGGGUUGUCCAAUGAGUAAUGGCAAGCAGCAAGAAACUCGAAUUGCCAGUGCCAGGGAUACUCUACUGCUCCUGUUGAAGAGCUUACCAAUGGGCUGCUACUUCAACAUCUACAGUUUCGGCUCCAGCUUUGAAAACAUUUUCCUAAAGAGUGUGGAGUACAGUGAGCAGAACUUAGAAGAGGCUCUGAAGAAAGUCGAAGCUAUGCAGGCGAAUCUUGGAGGAACAGAGAUCCUUGAACCCAUCAAACACAUUUACAGCCAGCCCUGCAUUCCUAAUCAACCUAGACAACUUUUUGUCUUCACUGACGGAGAAGUGUCAAACACCAAAGAAGUGAUCGAUCUGGUGAAGAAGAAUUCAGGUUCCCACAGGUGUUUCUCUUUUGGGAUCGGGGAAGGGGCCAGCUCUGCUCUUAUCAAUGGGUUGGCCAAGGAAGGAGGAGGUCACGCUCAGUUCAUCACAGGGGCUGAUAGGAUGCAACCUAAAGUGAUGCAGUCUCUGAGAUUUGCUCUCCAGCCAGCAGUGGAGGACAUCUCAGUCAUGUGGGAUUUACCAAAGGGAAUGUCUGUCACUGUUCUCUCCCCAACAAUCACAACCAUUUUCCAGGGUCAGCGCUCACUGAUUUAUGCGCAGCUCAGUGGACAGAGUUCAAAGGCAGCAGAGGGCGGUGUGACGGUGAAGUACAGCCUGGCAGGUUGUCCCUCUGAGAACAAGAUAGUCUUCUCUCUCAAACCUGCUGAGGACACUGGAUUAACAGUCCACAGGCUAGGUGCUCGAUGUCUGAUUCGUUCCCUGGAGAUGGACAAAAGAGAUGGCGAGGGACAGCAUGAUGAGGGGGUGAAGGGGAAGGUGGUGGAGCUCAGUGUCCAAUCAGGAGUGAGCAGUUCCUUCACAGCCUUCAUUGCUGUCAACAAAGGCAAUAAUGAGCCGAUUCAAGGACCUCUGAUGCGCAGAGCUAUACCAACACCACGGGUGUAUUCCCCCAUGUGUGGCGGUUCCAUGCCUUCACCUGGUUAUUGCCUAUCUGGGAUGUAUCCGAUGAAACCCAUGGCUUACUGCAUGGGCCUCAAAACUUUUCUUGCCGAGGGGCACGUACAGAAAAAAAAAAGAAGGUUUGGGCCACUCACGCCGCCAUGCACCCCUUCCCUGGACCAGACUGUUGAAAGACAGUGCGCCUCAUUUGCUCCGCUAAGGGCUGGAAGCGUUCUGAGGGACAGCUGGCAGGUCAUGGCAGACUGUGGCCAGACUCUCCAAAGUGCAGAGUUCGAAGAUUGUGAUGACAUCUGCCUUGACAAAGACUUCAAUGACGAAGUCACUGAACCAAAACAGCAGCCACCCAGAGACCCUUUGCUGCAGCUGGUCUCUCUGCAGAAGGCGUCUGGCUGCUGGCUGCUUGAUCCGGCUCUGGCUGCUGCUGUGGGAAAGACCAACGAGGAGGUGGAGAACACAAAGCCUUCAGCUGUGAACCAGGAAGUGUGGGCCACCAUUCUGGCUCUGAUCUGGCUUCAUGGAUUUAAGAUGGAUGCUCAGGAAGAGUGGGAGAUUCUGGCUAUGAAGGCUGUGUCCUGGCUCCGUGCUCAGAACGCACCAAGUAUGGCAGAGUGUGUGGUAGCUGCAAACACACUAUUGGGUUUCAGUGUGCAGACAGACGUCCUGGGGCUCUGAGGAUAUCAUUAAACUGCCUUCCUUGUUCCAUUUCUUCUUCUGGAUUAAAAGCAAUGACCAUAGACAUAUACUGUAUACGUAGAGGCCGCAUUGGCCAACUGACUCAUACCAGCAUCACCACCAUUUUGGACUGGGAAAGAGUGGCCUGUAAACACAUGCACGUUAGGGGGAGCUCCAUUUGUCUGUAUAAAAAAUACUUUUACAUUUAAAUUUCAACUGAUGUCAACCAUUUGUUUCACACUUGGCUUCACACUUGCCAUAUGUCUUGUCCAUUCAGUCUGUGGACCGAGUUGAAAUUUUCCUCAUCUAUGUCUUCGAAUUAUAGACAGCAACACUGUCAAUAUCCCUCCAAACAGAUAAUUUUGAUCAUUUGAUAAUUUACUUUUUCACAAUAUUGGACUGACACAGAUGCUCCAGGUGAUGUUGGUGCUGAUCUCCACUUGGGCAACAACAUUCAUAUUCAUAGAAUCACUUCCUUUUCAGUUAUUUUUCUACAAAGUCAAGGUUUGAUUAAUUUGCAGCGAUGCUUUAUAUCGAGUGAAACAACAGAGCUUUAAUUUUGAAAACGUCGAUAAUUAACAUUAUAUUAAAUUCAACAUGGACACACUCCUCUCUAUCUAGCAGUGAUGCUAUCCGUACAAUUUACAUUUUAAUCGAGAAUUUGUUGUCUGUUUUCCACGAAGAUCACAAGACUCAUCAAUACAAAAAGCAGCUCAUUGAAAUCAGCUGGAAUUUAAACCUUAUUUUGUUUUUUUCCCAGACAGACUGCGGGCUGGUAUGUGAUAACAGGGCAGUCUUGCCUGGUCCAAUAUGGCGGACGCAUUGACAUAUUACAGCAGCAGGCAAAGGUGCACUUCAUGUAUCAAUUUAUGUCUCCAUAUAAUGAUGACUGGUAUAAAGGUUUAUUUAUAACCUUUACAUUGCACAUAAUUAUAUGCACAAUCCACUUCAGUUAUAGUGUGUGCCUAAUUUUAUUCACACUAUGCUUCAUCUGUUCAGAAUUGACCAUAUAACAAAACAAAGAAUUGUUCAUCUGUUGCACCUUUAAUGUUAACCUUUUUUUUUAAUCAGAAACUCAUACUGUAUUAUUAAAGUUGAAUCUUAUGGCCUGAAACUUGAUUUUGAUUAUUUAUGAAUCAUGCAACAUUCCAUAUACAGUUUCAUCAUGGUUGACAUGACUGCAUAACUUGUUUGAUUUAGUACAUCUAAUGUUGACCCUCAUUCAAAGAUCUUCUUGCUGUACCUUGUCAGCAGCUGUGUUAUCCUCCACUAUUGUGGAAACCCGCUGGAUGUCAGAGUUGGAGGUGAAUAUGGUCAAUCCUCCUGACACAGAGGAGAGGAAAAAGUAGAGAAAGAAAUGAUCGGGUGACAAAGGUUGUGUAAUCCUCCUCCUGCUUCUCCCUCUGACCUCCGGUGUGUGGUUGGGAGCCUCAGUUAAGAGAAAUGUCACCGGUGGGAAUAUCCGGUCAGAAAAGAAAUGUGUUAAAAAUACCACCUGACUGAUUUCCAGUCCUCUUGGUGGCACAAUUUCAUAUCGCAAGUAAAUGCACAGUAGAUGCAAGCUACAUUAAACCAUGUUCCUCCA